CGCAGUUGCUAUAGAAACGAAUCAUAGCCCGUAGUAGCUAACGUUUGCUAGCUGAAAACAUUAUUGGGUCAUGUAGCUAGGCUUUAUUCACUUAUCAAAAAUGGAGGAUCGCUAUGCCUUUCUUACUGAGUGGUAUGACCCCACUGCAGCUCUCCUGCGGCGCUACCAGCUGUUUUACUACCCCAAAGAUGGCUCAGUGGAAAUGUUUGAUGUGAAAAACCAGCGAAUAUUUUUGAGGAGGACCAAAUAUGACAACCUCCAUCCUGAGGACCUUUUCGUUGGGAAUCGAGUGAAUGUGUUCUCACGACAGCUUAAUCUAAUUGACUAUGGAGAUCAGUACACAGCAAAUAAACUUGGCAGCAAAAAAGAAAGAACUCUUGCUUUGAUAAAGCCGGAUGUAGUAACCAAGAUUGGAGAUGUCCUGGAACUGAUAUACUCCUCCAACCUGAUUGUGACCAAAGCCAAAAUGACAAAACUUACAUGGAGCCAAGCGGCAGACUUUUAUGUGGAACAUCAGUCAAAGCCUUUCUUCAAUAACCUGGUACAGUUUCUGUCCUCGGGCCCUGUGGUUGCCAUGGAGCUGAUGGGUGAUGAGGCCAUGUCUAUCUGGAGGAGGCUCCUGGGACCUGCAGACUCUGCUGUGGCGCAGAGGGAGGCACCGCAGAGUGUCCGUGCCCACUUUGGAACAGAUGGCAUCAAAAAUGUUGGACAUGGCUCUGAUUCAGUUGCUGCAGCAGCACGAGAGCUUGAAUUUUUUUUCCCAUCCACAAUUGGCCACGGCCCCUCUAAUACAGCCAUCUAUAAAGACUGCACAUGCUGCAUCAUUAAACCUCAUGCCAUAUCAGAAGGUCUGACUGGGAAGAUCCUGAACUCCAUAUCUGCUGCUGGAUUUGAAAUCUCUGCCCUUCAGAUGUUCAACGUGGACCGAGCAAACGCAGAAGAAUUCUAUGAAGUUUACAAAGGUGUUGUCACAGAAUAUCCGAGUAUGGUGACGGAGCUGUGUUCUGGACCCUGCAUGGUCCUAGAGAUCCAUGGCACCGACACACCGCAGUCAUUCAGGGAAUUCUGUGGGCCCGCCGAUCCAGAAAUUUCCCGGCAUCUGCGUCCCACCACAUUGCGUGCUCUUUAUGGCAAAGACAAAGUGAAAAACGCAGUCCACUGUACAGACCUCCCUGAAGACGCUGUCCUGGAGGUGCAGUAUUUCUUCAAGAUUUUGGAUGGGUGAAUGCAAAGGGGAAAAACAUGUAACUACAUAUUCAAAGACGUCACAGUUGUCUCAUUUUUCUGUUUAUUGUUUCAGCCGUAUGCAGAUUAAAUAAAGUGACAAGAGCAGACUCCUGACAAGUGUUUUGAUCUUCAACAUUGAAUUAAGUAUUUUCACACCAACUAAACAUCUUAUUGAGAUACUGCAUUGCCUCUGAUAUUCUCUAACUUUUUGACCAGCGACUUUGGUAUUGGAUUCAUACAUUAAACUUUGAAAAAAAUGUACAACUGCAUAAAUAUAAAAUUCUUCCACCAUGAAAAUGGCUAAAACAUUCAAUAGUAAGUAGCAUCACAUCAUGUGAUGUCUCCAGCAAAACAGAUUUCAAAGCACUGAGUUGCCACUGUGCCCAUGGAGGUGACAGUCUUCUAGGCUGGACCCACAAAGCUCUACACUAUGAAUUAAGAAUGAACAGAUGUAAGAGUAUCAAACAGAAAUGUCAUCAAACCAUAUCCUACAGCUAAAGGUGAACAACAAAGAAAAGGUGUACAAAUGUAUCCUUCCACAGUCAACUUGAACAACUUGGAUAAAGAAGCACACAAAAAAACAGAUUCCAUGGAGCGCAGUCAUUUACUCAUACAUGGGCCUUAAAGGUUCAGAGUACCAUGCUAGUAUUUCAGUUAGUCAGAGCACAUUAACACACACUCCACGCACUCACAUAAACUAACCCACCUGAACACAGACACGAGCGCACACACACACACCUUGGACCACGGAAGCUGACAUAAGACAGGAGAGGUUACAACAGGACUCGACUACAGCACUGGACACUCCAAAAAUAUAUAGAAACCACAUUAGGAUGAAUACUUUGGGGACAGAAACACAGCUCGCUACACAUCAGUAGUGGAAUUGCAGUUUUACAGUAAUAGAUGAACACAUCCCAUGGCUCAAGGAAUAUUUUCAUGUACAGUAGAAUAAAUAUGCUCUUGCUAUUGCUACUCUUGUAUUUUACAUUCUAACCCUCGACAAACACACAGAAAAGCUAGUGUAAAGCACACAGAUUAAGUGUAGGUCCUGUAUAUUAUGAAUGUUCAAAGACUAGUGGUGUUUAUCUGAACUCUUUUAUUCUCUCUACAUUUUAUUUGUUUCAAAAUGAGAGUGCUUAUCAUGGCUGAGGUCACGAGUUGACUGUGAGCUUAAUAUCAAAGCGUCCUUGGUAGCGGUCCUUCUCGCUGUAAUUGAUGUUCGCUCCAUAUGCUUUGCACUCGAUGCGCACCUCCUCAUUAAGAGUGAUGUUGGAGAACUGAAUGGCCACCAGAGGCUGCAGGUACUGGGGGUGCAGCAGUUUGCCAUAGUACGGGUAGUACUGAAGAGGAAAGCCUUCGCCCAAGCCAAAGUACUUGAUCUCUCCAAUCUUGUCUUCAUCCUCUU